AUGUACUUCUUCCUGGGAAACUUGUCCUGUUUGGAGACCUGCUACACCUCCACUAUCCUGCCCAGGAUGCUGGCCAGUCUCCUGACUGGGGACAGAACCAUUUCCGUUAGUGGCUGCCUCACACAAUAUUAUUUCUUUGGUUUCCUGGCAGUUGCAGAGUGCUAUCUCCUGGCAGUGAUGUCCUAUGAUCGGUAUUUAGCGAUAUGCAAACCUCUGCAUUAUGAAGCCCUUAUGAAUGGCGGGUCCUGCCUCCAGCUAGCAGUUGACACUUGGAUAAGUAGUUCUCUGGCUGCUGACAUAACAAUAUUUUUAAUGCAACAAUUGACUUUCUGUGGCCGUAAUGAAAUUGACCAUUUCUUUUGUGACUUCAUCCCAGUAAUAAAACUCUCUUGCAGUGAAACAUAUAUGAUGGAGCUUAUCACUACCAUGCUGGCUUCUAUAUGCACUCUCCCACCAUUUCUAUUAACGCUGGCAACAUACGUCUGUAUCAUCACCACAAUCCUGCGAAUGCCUUCCGCCACUGGGUGGCAAAAGGCCUUUUCCACCUGCUCCUCUCACCUCAUCGUGGUGUCAAUUUUCUAUGGGACCAUAAUGAUUGUCUACAUGCUACCAAAAACUGAUAAACUGAGAGAUCUGAACAAAGUGUUCUCACUCUUCUACACAGUCGUGACUCCCAUGGUCAACCCCCUCAUAUACAGCCUGAGGAACAGAGAGGUCAAAGAGGAAGGACCAGCCCUCUGUGGAGAAAGUGGUUCAGGACUAUCUCGUUUGAAGCAACACCCAUCCACCUCCGCUGCUCCUGUCUAG